AUGUCGCAGUUUUCCACAAACGAAGCGGUCAGUCUCGAAAAACAAGUAGAAACUGUGUUAAAUCCGGCGACCAAAUUCGAACUAAUUGACGAGGUAUACGAACUACAGCGGUGUGCCGGAUGGAUCAAAGCCAACGAUUUUCAAAAGGUUUGUUUGCAAUUCCCCGACCAUCUCUUGCAAGACUCGUCGGAAGUCGCUUUGAGGUUAGGAAAACAAGUCGGACGGACUGUCUACAUUCUAGCGGACACGGCGUAUGAAAGCUGUUGCAUCGAUUACGUGGCCGCGGGUCAUAUUAACGCAGAUGCUAUUAUCCACUUUGGACCUGUUUGUUUCUCAAAGACGUCGGCAAAUAUCCCCUAUUUGAACAUUUACGAGAAGGACGAACUUGAUUUGGGGGCACUUGAGCAAUGUUUGGUGCCACUGAACGAGAAAAUUGUUAUUUUAUUGGACACUUCCUUUAUUCAUUUGACAGACAAAAUUGUGGCCAAAUUCCCCGACCACACGAUCAAAACUAUAAAUUCCGACAAUUUGACGAUAGAAAAUGACACAGUUGUGUUUAUCGGGGGCCGUAAUCACCAUCGCAAGUUACCUAACCUCAAAUUUUCGCAUAAACCGAAAACGCUGUAUUAUUUCAAUGACAAAGCCCCGAGUUUGAUUAAUUACACUCUCGACGAAAAAGUCUUAAGACGAAGGUAUUUUCUAGUUGAAAAAAUUAAAGAUAGCAAUACUGUUGGUAUAGUUAUAGGAACGUUGGGGGUUAGUAACUAUUUAAAAGCCAUAGAACGGCUCAAAAAACUCCUAACUUUGCACAGUAAGAAAUACUAUUUAGUCAGUGUUGGCAAACCGACAGUCGCAAAACUUGCGAAUUUUCCAGAGAUUGACAUUUACGUGGUCGUAACGUGCGCCUUGAACGAAAUUUACGACAGUCGUGACUACUACAAGCCCAUUGUUACGAUUUACGACGUGGAAAUGGCCCUUAAUCCGGCCCCCGAAGGCCUUGAAUUCACUUACGACUACAAUGACGUCAUCACAAGGCCACUCAACGACGUCACGAGUGACCCUAACGAUGUCAGUCUACUUACGGGGCGUAUCCGGGGCACGUCCACUAUCCAAGGGGCGGAGCUUGUGUCAAAAGAGGCGGGGACUGUGGCUCUCAACACCAAUCAUGGCGCCGGUUUCCUGGCCAAUAGGACGUGGAAGGGGUUGGAGCGUGACGUGGGUGGGGAUGAAGUCAAGAUGGCGUCGGAGGGGAGGCGCGGGAUCGCGCAAAGCUACAAUGAUGAAACUAGUGGAUGAGUUAUUUAUUUUGUGGAAAAAUAAAUACAUUAAUUGCA